AGCGUCCACCCUUUUUCUCCCCUCCGAGACAGACAAGCACGACACGCGCACGCCCGCCCGCACGCACAACUUCCCACCACCACCGCCGAGGCCGCGAGCGUUGCUGCUUCGAUCCGUCCCGGUCCGCAGGCCCUCGCUCGGGCGGCCGGGCCGGCGGGCGGCGGCCAUGGGCAGCGAGGACGCGCUCGUCGAGAUCCACCCCCGCGAGCUCCGCUUCCUCUUUGAGGUGAAGAAGCAGAGUUCAUGUUGUGUCCGUCUUGUGAACAAGUCGGAUCAAUAUGUUGCAUUCAAGGUUAAAACCACUUCCCCAAAAAGAUAUUGUGUCCGACCAAAUGUAGGAGUUAUUCUUCCACUGGAAUCACGUGAUUUUACAGUUACUAUGCAAGCGCCAAAGAAUGCUUCACCAGAUCCGCAAAUAAAAGACAAGUUUCUUGUGCAGACCACAGUUGUUCCGUUUGGCACAGCUGAUGAAGACAAUGUUCCUGCUUUUUUCUCCAAAGAAACUGACCGAUAUAUUGAGGAGAAGAAGUUGAAAGUUGUCCUUGUCAGCAUGACUCAGGAUCAAGUAGAGCAACCCAUCAAUGGAGUUCUGCAUGCCAAGGAACCAGUUGGGGUUACUGUGGCAGAGGAAAUACUGAAUAAUGUGAAUGAAGCACCUAAUGUGGUGAAUGAAGUUCGUCAUCCCCUGAAACCAAGUUUUCCCCCUUUAAGAGGAACCCCUGCUACUUUCAGUGAAAUUUCCUCCUCUGUAAAACAAGGUCCUACUGUUCUGCAAGAUUUUCUAGUCCCACCAAAUCAAACUUCACUUACUUUGUCGGAAUCUGCUCCCAGUCUGCAAGAAACCUCUUCUAUCUCUGUAGAAUCUCAAUUUUCGUCAACAGAAACAAGUGCAUACUUGAAAUCUCCACCAUUGGAAUAUACUCCUACUCCAAGUGAAGUUCCACCGUUAAGUGAUAUAGAAUCUACCAAUACCGAUGACCUUCAUAUAUCUCAUCAGGUAACUGAAGAUGUUCACACUUUACAGAUGAAACUUAACAAUCUUGAAGUAAAACUUGAAGAGGCUGAAACUUUGAUUGUAAAACUGAGGGAAGAGACCAAAAUUACCCUCCAGGAGCGGGAUAAGUUACGGAAAGAAUUGGUAUUCUUGAAAAAGGCGGGCGCUGCACAGGUUCACUCCAGCACUGGUUUUCCCCUGCUUUUUGUCGUCUACAUGGCAGUUGUUGGCAUGUCGCUCGGUUACCUUCUGCACCUAUGAGAAUGGGGUAUCGGAGAUGAAGCUCCUGGGCCGGGCGUUUGCUGAUCUUUCCUGGAGCGGCCGAGUUUCAGAGGAUACUAAGGUAGUUAAUCAGAGAGAAACUACUGUCGCGUCAUGAUGGUCACAUUAGUCCGUGGACUUCCAUAGUUCCAUACAUUUCAGGGUGACAAAUACUGGAGCGUAUAGAAAUAGAACAGCGUAGUUUUAAUUUGUAUAGAACUCUAAAAGGUUUGCCUGAAGACUAACCAGGAGAUCAUAUCCUCCAUGUUCUCCUUUCUUGGCUUCUUGCCAAAGUUCGGCAAGAAACUAUCACAAGUUUAUGGAACUAGUCAAAUAAGGCAUUUACGAUUUGGUGAUAA